AUGUCGGCAGCAGAGAGACCGCGCCGUUCGCGGCGGCAGGCUACCAUUGUUGAAUCCUCAGACGAGGACGAGAUUGGCAACACCACCAAGGCGCAGGAGGAAGAUCUCGAAGAAUUCACGCCUGCGCCCGCGCGCAGCCCAACACGAAGGCCGCGAAGGAGUGUUGCGUCCACCGUAUUCUCCUCCACACCUACAGCACCACGGCCACGCGGCAGGCCUAAGAAGAGCAUGUCCAACGUGUCUACAUCCACCAUCGAGCCGAGCCAGGUAUUCGACCCUGAAACAACCAUUGCCGAACUAGAGCCUGAGAAGAAGACUCCCUCCCCAAGAAAACGCAAAAGCGUCGCACCCCGAGCCUCCAAGGCAAAGACGCCAGAUCUUGAAGCACCCCUGGCCACGCCCAAGCCCUCGGCUUCUCCCGAUGCGUCAAGGCUGCAUGCCAUUCCGCUUGCUGAUAUCACAACUGCGAGCGUCAAUGAGCAGCCGUCUUUCGUCGACGAAAGCCAGUCGGCAGUCAAGCCGAUUCACGCUAUGGACACGCUUCUUGAGAAGCCGAUGGACAUUGUCCUCAAGUCGCGCAACAUGACGGUCCCCAUCGUCGAAAACACCAUUGCGAAGCCGCGCCUCGUUAUCACCCACUUGGUGCUGACCAACUUCAAAAGUUACGCAGGUCGCCAGGAGGUCGGUCCCUUCCACGCGUCCUUCUCUUCAGUCGUCGGGCCCAACGGUUCCGGCAAAUCCAAUGUCAUCGAUUCACUGCUGUUCGUAUUUGGUUUCCGCGCCAGCAAAAUGCGACAGGGCAAGCUUUCGGCGCUCAUUCACAACUCGGCGCAGUACCCUAAUCUUGACCACUGCGAGGUCUCGGUUCACUUCAAGGAGGUCAUUGAUCAGCCCAACGGCCCGCCCCUCGAUAUUCCUGAUUCCAUUCUUACCGUGUCGCGCAAAGCGUUCAAGAAUAACUCGAGUCAAUACUACAUCGACAAUAAGUCGUCCAACUUUACAACCGUGACGACCCUUCUCCGCGACCGCGGCAUCGACCUUGAUCACAAGCGGUUCCUCAUUCUCCAGGGCGAGGUUGAAUCCAUCGCGCAGAUGAAACCCAAAGCGGCCAACGAACAUGACGAUGGCCUCCUGGAGUACCUUGAAGACAUCAUCGGUACUUCCAAAUAUAAGACGCCAAUCGAGGAGACAGCGGCGGAGGUAGAGACACUCAACGACAUAUGCAUGGAGAAGAGUGGGCGCGUCCAGCACGUCGAGAAGGAGAAGAAAGGCCUCGAGGACAAGAAAGAAAAGGCCCUGGCGUUCAUCCGCGACGAGAACGAGCUCGCAAUCAAGCAGUCGGCGCUCUACCAGCUCUACAUCAGCGAGUGCAACGAUAAUCUGUCGGUCACUGGCGAAGCCAUCAGUCAGAUGCAGGCACAGCUGGAUAUCGAGCUGGAGAAGCACCACGGUGGCGAAAAGGUCAUCAAGCAGCUCGAGCAGACAUACGCGCAGGGCCGCAAGGAGUUCGAGGCCCACGAGAAGGACGCCCAGGGCCUCGCCAAGGAGCUAGCCAAGUUUGAGCAGGAACGUGUCAAAUUCGACGAGAAGCGCAAGUUCCUGACGGACAAGCAGAAGAAGUUGGAAAAGACGACAGCCAACUGCGAAAACUCUGCCAAAGAAACUGAUGAGACGAUCGUCGAGUGCGCCGCUCUCAUCGAGCGAGGCGCUAAGGAGAUCGCCUCACUCGAAAUCCGUAUUGAAGAAGAAGAGGCCGAGCUCACAACGAUUCGCGAGAGCCUCAAGGGCAAAACGCAAAAGUUUUCCGACCAGAUCGCAGCUAAGCAAAAAUCACUCGAGCCCUGGAAGGAGAAGAUCAACCAGAAGCAGUCGGCUAUUGCCGUGGCCGAGAGCGAGAUGAACAUUCUACUUGAGAAGGCUAAUGCUGGCGAAGUCGCCAUGGAAGAGAUGCAAGCCAAGAUUGCCUCUAUCAAAGAGAGCCGCCAGACAAAAGCCCAGGAGCUCGAGGCUUGCCAGGCGGAAAAGGCAGCUCUUGAGGAGGAGGCCAAGGAGGUCAGCGCCGAGAUUGAGGCUCUCGCCAAGGACGAGCCACGAAUCCGGCAAAAGGUGUCCAACGCACGGCAAAAGGCCGACGAGGCGCGGUCAAACCUAUCCCAGACGCAGACUCAGGGCAACGUCUUGACGGCGCUGAUGCGCAUGAAGGAGUCAGGUCGCAUUGACGGAUUCCACGGACGCUUGGGCAACCUUGGCGCCAUCGACCCCAAGUUCGACGUGGCCAUCUCGACGGCAUGCCCUUCGCUAGACAACUUCGUCACCGAUACGGUCGAGGCCGGUCAGCAGUGCAUCGAGUACCUGCGCAAAACAAACCUCGGCCGUGGCAACUUCAUCUGCCUUGACAAGCUGCGAGCGCGCGACUUGCAACCAAUUCAGACGCCCGAGGACGCGCCUCGGUUAUUCGACCUUGUCAAAGCCAAGGAGGAUCGUUUCCGGCCCGCCUUCUACCACGCCAUGCAAGACACGCUUGUGGCCAAGGAUCUCGCACAGGCAAACCGCAUCGCCUACGGCGCGAAACGAUGGCGCGUCGUGACACUCGACGGAGAGCUCAUUGACAAGUCAGGUACCAUGUCAGGUGGUGGCACCACAGUCAAGAGAGGUCUCAUGUCGUCCAAGCUGGUCUCAGAAACAAGCAAGGACCAGGUUGCCAAGCUCGAGGCGGACCGUGACGCUCUGGACGAAAAGUUCCAGAUGUGGCAGGACCAUCAACGAGAGCUCGAGAACAGGCUCCGCACGCUCAACGACCAGAUCCCGCAGCUCGAUACCAAGAUGCAGAAGAUUGGCCUCGAACUCGAGUCGGCGGCCAAGAACCUGGCGGAUGCGCAGCGCCGCGUCAAGGACAUUGCCAAGGAGCACCAGCCGUCUCAAUCGGACAACAACCGGAUGGCUGAACUUGAAAAGGAAAUUGCCAAGCUCAACAAGGCCGUCGAGGGCCUGCACGAGGAGACAGCAGGCGUCGAGGAAGAAAUACAAGCGCUGCAAGACAAGAUCAUGCAGGUCGGCGGCGAGAAGCUGCGGAUCCAGAAAGCCAACGUUGACGCGCUGCGAGCCGACGUCACAUCGCAGAGCGAGGAUAUCUCCAACGCUGAGGUCCGCAAGGCCAAGGCGGAGAAGCAGCGUGUCAAGCUUGAGAAAGACCACGCCAAGGCAACCAAAGAGAUCGAGGCGGCGGCGCGUGAUCUCGAGAAGCUCGACAACGAGAUUGAGAACCAGGGCGAGAAGGCCGAAUCUUUGACGAGCCGGGUCGAGGAGGCGCAGGAGGCGCUGGCAGUCAAGAAGGAGGAGCUCGCAGCCCUCAAGACGGAGCUCAAUGGGAAGACGGCCGAGCUGAAUGAGACGCGGGCCGUCGAGAUCGAGAUGCGCAACAAGCUCGAAGAGAACCAGAAGCAGCUGAACGAGAACGAGAAGAGGCUGCGUUACUGGGACGACAAGCUGUCAAAGCUUGUGCUGCAAAACGUUGAGGAUCUCACUGGAGAGCCUGUGUCUGAGGACGCGCCGCCUACCAAGGAUGAGCCUAAAGAGGAGGACGUCGACAUGGACGCCCCAGAGGCGGACGAGGACGCCAGUAUGGAGGACGCUGACACAACGGUGCGACCGGAUCCCACGGCGCGCGUGCGCCAGCCGCAGGAGCUCCCUUCGUACACUCCAGACGAGCUGGCGGAUAUGAGCAAGGAGAAGCUCAAAGGGGAGAUUGCGGCACUCGAGGAGAAGACGCAGAACGUCAAUGUCGACCUCGGUGUGCUCGCCGAGUACCGUCGGCGCGUGGAAGAGCAUGCGGCGCGCUCCUCGGACCUCGCAUCGGCAGUGGGCCAGCGCGAUGUGGCCAAGAAGCGUUGCGACGAGCUCCGCCGGCUGCGACUCGAGGGAUUCAUGGAGGGCUUCGGCAUGAUCUCGCUAAGGCUCAAGGAGAUGUACCAAAUGAUCACAAUGGGCGGCAACGCCGAGCUCGAGCUCGUGGACUCGCUUGACCCCUUCAGCGAGGGCAUCCUCUUCAGCGUCAUGCCACCGAAGAAGUCUUGGAAGAACAUCAGCAACCUGUCUGGUGGUGAAAAGACGCUCAGCAGUCUGGCGCUCGUGUUCGCACUGCACCACUACAAGCCGACGCCGCUUUACGUCAUGGACGAGAUUGACGCGGCUCUUGAUUUCCGUAACGUCUCAAUCGUGGCCAACUACAUCAAGGAGCGCACCAAGAACGCCCAGUUCAUCGUCAUCUCGCUGCGCAACAACAUGUUCGAGCUCGCGGCGAGACUGGUCGGCGUGUACAAGGUGAACCACAUGACGAAGAGUGUGACGAUUGAGAACCAGGACUACAUCACGAGGCAGAGGCAGGCGCAGGCGCAGGCGACGGGGACGCAGCAAGUGACUGCGCGGUCAUGA